CCUAGAGCCUCUGCCUCAAAAAGAGUCUACAGAGACCCAGCAACAGAUGGAGCUUCAAGAGGAAUAUUUUCAGUCAAGUGAAAUGCAAGAGCCAAUAGCCCAAAACGAGUCAACUGAGACCCAGAAACAGAUGGAGCUACAAGAGGAAUAUUUUCAUUCAAGUGAAACGCAAGAGCCCAUUUCCCAAAAAGAAUACACAGAGACCCAGAAUCAGAUGGAGCUACAAGACAAACUUGUUCAAGCAAGCGAAAACGAAAAGCCCCUGCCUCAAAAAGAGUACACAGAGACCCAGAAAAGGAUGGGCCUAACAGAAGAGCUCGGGCAUGCACGAGAUAUCCAAGUGGAAUCACUCCAAAAGGAGUCCACUGAGACCCAGAAAGAGACGGAACUUGUUCAAGCCGGCGGAAACCAAAAACCUCUGCCUCAAAAAGAGUCCUCUGAGAUCCAGCAACAGAUGGAGCUAAAAGACAAACUUGUUCAAGCAAGCGAAAACCAAGAGCCUCUGCCUCAAAAAGAGUCCUCUGAGAUCCAGCAACAAAUGGAGCUUGAAGAGGAAUAUUUUGAGGCAAGUGAGACACAAGAGCCCAUAGCCCAAAAAGACUCAAAUGAGCCCCAGAAACAGAUGAAGCUAACAGAAGCGCAUGAGCAAGCAAGAGAUGUCCAAGUGCCAUCACCCACAAAAGAGUCCACUGAGAAUCAGAAACAGAUGGGGCUGUUGGAGAACUUUGUUCAAACAAGAGAAAGCCAAGAUUCUGUACCCCAAAAAGAGUCCACCAAGACCCAGAAACAGACAGAGCAAACUAAGGAGGCUCCAGAAAAGGAAAUGGUCUCGUUACCAAAAGAGCCUGUCAACGGACAAAAACAGGCAGUUAGGACUGAGGAGACCUCCAAACUGGUGCAAGAAUUGAAAUCCACCGACAUCUCAGUGACCACGGGAUCUUCAGUCCAUUUGGAUUCCGGGUUCCUAACAGUUGAGACAGAAGGAGCAGCCGAGGAAAUCUUAAUAGUAAAAGUUAUCGAGGAAAUUCAAUCAGCAGAGAGCAUAGAACCACUCGAAAAAUAUGCAGCCACAGUGACGGAAACACCAAACGUACAGACAAGUGAAACAUUACAAACUGCAGAGAGACCAGAAACCGAGGUCCCCAUAAAAGAAGCAGACGACGACCAGGACAUAUGGAUGGACGCAAAGGUAGAAAUCGAAAUUCCUGGGGAAACAAACGUGCCGUCGCCUCAAGAUGCCGGCCCACGGCAUGGCCUCAACCGACCAACCAAAACGCUGCAUGAACCGCAGUCCGAGCCGAUGACACGCACCGACUCCGGGGCCGAAAGUGAUAGCGAAGGCGAUAAUUUUGCCAUUGCAUUCGACAAUUCCAAAUUGGAAAGUGCAGCAGUAAUGGAGUGCGAUUAGGCGGGUUGCUUCGAUAGCCAGAAAAUCACGGCGGAGGAGGAUACCCUGAUGAUCGCCGGUGAUUUGCGGCCUGAUUUGGAUUACAGUACUCAUCGCAUCAUCAAUAUUAUUAUUAUUAUUAUUAUUUGAUGCCAUUUAAAACAUGAAUUGCGGAUGGUGGCGAUUUAUUAAGACACUCACAUUGUAUAGUCCCCAUAUUACACUCAAACAAGAAAAAGUGUAAAAAAAAAAAAAAAGCAGAUACUGACCAU